UAUUUUACAAGUGGUAACCGUUAAUUAAAUUUUGUAAAUUAAUACAAUAUAUUUAAAUAUGGAGUUUAGUAGCACAGGUGGAAUGAGAAGUCCUUUUUCUCCUCGUGUUAGACAAUCUAUAGCAGGAAGAAGACCAAUCGGACUAACUUCGUCUAAAAAGAACCAAAAUAAUUUUAUGCAAUCAGUCGAACAACCAGCCGGCGAUGUGAUAUACAAAACACCUAUGAUUACUAUUGAAACCUUUGGCAUGCCUUUACCAGUCAUGGUUACAGAAACACUCACAUUUGCAAGUGGAGAUGUCAGUGUUCGCAUGGCUCCUUGUGGUUGGUGCUGGGUGGUGGCUGGUCGUAAAGUUCUUGCCUGGCCGAGGGAAGCGGCAACUGCACCUGCAGCUCCAACAGCUGCCAGAGAGUUAACUUUGCCUCAAACUGAUUUAGCACACAAGGCCGACUUAGUUAUGUUGUUCUAUGAGGAAGAUGCACAGAUGCCUUCAUGCAUUGGUGUCUCCCCUGAAGGUGUGGUGAGGUAUUGGUCCUCAGUAGGCACUGAAGGUGCAUACUCUGAUGUUUCAUGUGAGUUGGCCGGGCAGGAGUGUGACCGUCUCACUGAAGCUAAAGAUGGACUGCUAUUGGCUACCACAACUUGCACACUUGUUAAGAUAACUACUUGCAAAGAGGGUCGUCCAGGUGUAGUGUGUCAAACAAUGCGUCCACCAAGCGGCUGGCUGGGUGGUAUUGGGCGGCGUGUGUCACUGCUUUUCUUCGGUUCCAUGCCUGCGCAUGCUGAUACGAAACUAGUAGGCGUGGUGGUGUUGCCGGGCUGGGAGAGUGCGGAGGGCGCCGAGAGCGCGGAGUGCGUAGUGCUGGUGGCGGGCGGGCCGCUGCUGCAGCUGUGGUGCGGUGCAGAGGUGCACGAGCACCACCUGCGCAGGCCUCUGUCGGAGGCCUUUGCCAGAGCGCAUCUUGCUCCACAGGGCGAUCUGAACAGCUUGGAGAUCAUGGCGCUGGACGUGCACGCGCACGGGCGCGGCGUGCUGCUGCUGCUGGCCGCCGCCAACGUGGCGCGCUCGCCCGACGUGCGCUACGCGCUCGCGCACGUGUGUCUGGAGGGCGGGGGUGCGCGCGUGGUGUCGCUGUGCGCGCUGCGCGUACCGCGCGACGACGACCCGCCGCGCUGCCUGCCGCUGCCGGCGCGCCCGCUGCUCUACGCGCCCGCCUACGUCGCCGCCGUCUCGCCGUCGGCGAGCGACAAGAGCGAGUACGUGGACCUGUCGAGCGAGGGCGACCGCGUGCUGGGCGCGGCGCUGUGCGGGGGCGUGCCGCUGCUGUUCAGCCGCAAGCACGGCGUGCUGCUGCUGCGCCUCGCCGAGCCCUCGCUUCCGCACCUCCCGCCAUCAAUAUGCGACAGCCCCAUGGGAUCUCCGUGUCCCUCCGACAUGUACGAAGGCAACCUGUCGCUGUACGAAAUCGAUCCCCACGAGGUGAGCGCGAUGAGCACGGACGCGGUGGGCAAGCUGAAGAGCGCGUUCCUGUUCCACGUGCGCGGCGACGGGGCGGCGGCGGCGCGCGCGCUGGCCGAGCUGUUCCCGCGCGAGCACGGCGACGCGCUCGACCGCACGGCGCUGGCGCUCGCCGCCGACAUGCUGGACGACGCGCCCGCCGGCGACCCCAGGUGGAAGCUGCGCGGCGCGUCCCGCGUGUCGCUGGGCAGCUCGUGCGCGCUGCACGGCGCGGCGCAGCUGCGGGACAAGCAGCGUGCUUUCUCGCUGUUCCUGGACUUCCUGCGCGCGCACAGGCUAUGGCGUAGGCUUAACACGCUCACCAGAGGGCGGGCGGAGACGCGCGUGAGUACGCAAUGGGAGCUGUGCGCGUUGGCGGCGCGGCUGGCGGGCGCGCGCGCGCUGCAACGCCUGCACCGCGCCGGCGCACCGCUGCUGGACGCCGCUCUGCACCAGGUGACCGCGAAUGCCGACAGCGACGGGGGCGACGGCAGCGAGGGGGAGGAGGGGGAGGAGCCGGAGGUGCUGGAGGCGCUGCGCAGCGGCGCGCUGUCGGCCGCGGACGUGUGUUUCCGCCGCGUGACGCGCAUCGAGCGCGUGCUGCGCGCGCUGUGCUCGCUGUCGCCGCCCGCGCACGACGCGCGCGCCGCCGCGCACCACGCGCUCAGCGUCGUCACCACGCUCACGACGGUGCUGGGCGAGAUGCACGCGUGUCGCGCGCAGUGGAUGUCCAACGCCCCGCGCCCCGCCCCGCCGCUGGGCCCGCGCUCCACGCUCUCCGCGCUUGCCCUCGCACACUCUCGCGCCGUAUCGCAAUGCGCGCACAAGUGUCCGGACGCAUCUCUGCGCGCGCAGCUGCUGGAGGCGACGGGUGCACUGGCCGACCUGCUGCUGACGGAGGCGGCUCCGCUGGCGCACUCGGCCGACACGGACCAUCUCUACGAGAAGCUCCGUCGCGACACCAUACAGCCUUACAUCGAUGAGGGCCAGACCGAGCGCGCCGCAGUGCUCGCGGAGAAGUUUAAAGACUUCGACCUGCUGGUAGAGCUGUGCGUGAUGCGCGGAGACAUGGACCGGCUGUACGGGUACAUCGACAAGUAUAAGGAGGAGGGAAUAGCGGAGAAGGCGUUCGCGUGGCUGUGGUCGCGCGACGGCGCGGCGCGGGCGCAGCUGCUGCGCGGCGUGAGCGCGCGGCACGGCGCGCGCGCGGACGCGUGGCUGGCGGCGGCGCCGGCGCGCGCGCCGCUGCGGGCGCUGCGCCGCCUGUGCGCCGAGCCGCCCGCGCGCGCCGCGCCGCUCUACGCCGCCCUGGCGCCCGCCGCGCCCACGCUGGACCGCGCCACCACUUUCGCGUCGAUAGCGAAGUUGUGCGUGCUGGCGAGCGAGCCGGACGCAGAGGCUAGCGAGACGAUGCGUCGCGCAGAGAGCACCCUGUCGCUGGCGGAGCAGCAACUGGCACUGCCGCGAGCACUGUGCCUGCACCACGGGCUCGACGAAAACAGCAGACUGCUCGAGGCAGAGGAGCUUGUGCAGAUAUAUAUAGAUUCGGAAAGCAAGUGUUUAAAUGAGUAUGACUUUAAAAAAGCAUUGGACCUCACCGACUUCGUGCAAGAUAUGGAGCGCAGGGAUGAACUACGGUUAAGAAUCUGGUGCGCGUGUCUGCGGCGAGAAGACUGGAGCGCGGCGCGCGAGGACGCCACCGACGAACUGCACUCCAAGAUGUUCUUCAGGCUCGUUGACCUCGUGCACGUCAUGGGUGGUGAUCUAGAACUCUUGCUGCCACCCUUAGACGAUAUUCUAACGGCGCCGGAACUAGCUGAGCUAGUAUCGGACCCUCGGAUUCAGUUCAUCAUCAAGUACGGCUACGAGUGUGUCGAGGGCAUGCGCAACGGGGACGUGGUUGACACCUCCUAGAGUGUCUGUACGAGUGUCACCAUUAUCACCAAAAACUCUAAUUUGCUGUGUGUUAAAAAACUGGUUACCUGCAAUAUCAGUUCCCGUUUUCACGUGCAAAACAUUUACAAGAAAGCAAGAAUGUAUCAAGAACAGUAUUUGCAUUAUUAGUAAUAAUCAAUAAAUGAACAAUGUCAUGUAACUCUUUAACCAUGAGGGAACUGAAAUGGCGCACCACUUAUAUAUCAUACAGCUUAAAUUAAGAAUUAAAUGAAACAAUCAUAAAUAAAGAGAUAUAUUUUUGUAUUAAAUAAAUAAGUACAAACAAGAUUUUAUAUUCCUUAUACGACCAGAGUGUUGUAGUGUAGUUUCCAACUCCGAGGUCAGUAUUUUCUCACGCACUUGGUAUUUUUUACAAGUUUGUACUUUUACAUUAUUAAAAAAAAAUUUUUUUUCCUUUUUUUAUCGUUUUAUCCGUAGUAAAUAUAUAUUCUCUUUAUUUUAUUUCAUUUUUGUCGUCAUUAUAUUUAUGUAAUUUUCAAUAAUUUUUAAUCUUCAUAAUUUUUCCGUGGACGGCUUGCGUGCCUUGUGUAGCGCUCGUACGCACUCGUCUGUCAGAGUCGCCAUGUACUAUAUGAACGAAAGAGAUAACUGUUCAGUUCCAAUGUUCGUUUUUUAGUUCUAUAUAAUAUACAAUGUCUGAUUAUUUUACAUGAACCGGGGUAUUAACACACGUUCACACUAUUUUUACAUAUUUAACGUUAUGCCAAAUCUCCAAUAGUACAGAUUUUCGUUUUGUUCAUAUAAUUGGUUAUGUUUUUUUUUUUAUUAUAGAAUAGGAAGGCGGACGAGCAUAUGGGCCAACUGAUGGUAAGUGGUCACCAACGCCCUUAACCAUCGCUUACAUAUCCAAUGCGCCACCAACCUUGAGAACUAAGAUUUUAUGUCCCUUGUGCCUGUAAUUACACUGGCUCACUCACCCUUCAUACCGGAACACAACAAUAUCAAGUACUGCUGUUUUGCGGUAGAACAUCUGAUGAGUGGGUGGUACCUACCCAGACGAGCUUGCACAAAGCACUACCACCAGUAAAGCGAUAUAAGAAAGGUAUUCAGAUGGAUCGUAUGAUGUAGUUUGUUCAGACAAGUCGACGCGGGGCCGUCGCUUUUUUAAUAUUAAGUUAUAAUUUCUCACCAUUCGAUAAGUUCAGUCAGACUGAUGUAGCUUUAAGUUUGUUAAUAAUAACUGUGAUUAAUAUUAUGGUUUCACUUAUA